CUCUUUACAGUAGUUGGUAUACAGGAAAAUGUUCGAGGAGUUGCCGGUACUAUUGUCGUGACAUUAUUAGACAAAAUUAAUACUCGAGUACGUGUGCCAGUACUAGUACAGUACAGUACCAAGCACAAGUACUCGAGUACGGCAGGUUUGCGAGCUGUGUCUCUCUGCCCCACCAGAGAACUUUCUUUUUCUCGCCACUCAGAAAAAAAACCCCCACCAAAAGUGUCAAUACCUGCCCGCAACCUAACGUCAACUCUCAAAAGCACUUCCCUCUUCAGUCCCUCUUUUCUUCCGUCUUGGUAUCAUAUCGUAUCAUACCCAGGCCUCAUCAAUACUCUUCACAAAUCUGGGCUCGCUUGUCAACAAGUUUGAUAUUUUCCCUCCCCCCUUCUUUUUCUUCUCUACAUCUCUCGCACCAUCCAAGACGUCGCUUGCCGACGUUCGAAUUCUUUUUGACAGGACAGCAACGACCCCUCACUACCCUCAUCAUGUCUGGAAACACGCCAAACUCAUGGGAGGAUGCGGCCGGGGACGACAAUGACCUGGCUCGACAAGCACAAGAUCAGUUGAACUUGAACCGACCGCAGCAGCAGCAGCAAGGUUCGGGAUUUAGACCGUCGUACAAUGCCCCGACAUUCCAGCCCGGUGCUGCUUCGUUCACGCCUGGAGCUCCUGCCUUCACUCCUGGGGCCGGUAGCUAUGGCCAGGCUGGGUACGGAGCCGGAUAUGGGCAACAAUAUCCUCAGUAUGGGCAGUACGGUCAGUAUGGUAUGCAAGGAGGGUACGAGCAAUAUGGACAACAGUACGGAAAUUAUGGUGGUGGAUAUGGGCAACAAGCUGCAUACGGACAACAGCCUGGCCAGUUUUCUGGAUACCAGCAACAACAGCAGCAACAACAGCCUUACCGACCGCCACACAUUCUUCGUCAACAACAACAGCAGGCAGCUCCACAGGCUGCUAAAAAGCAGGACUCAGCACCAGCUUCCGGAACUUCUUCUCCAACCCCUUCCAAGAGCGGGACCUCUACCCCUAUCACUACUACAUCCGCCGCCGCUGCUCCAAAGGUGCUCAAGAUUGGGGGUGAUGCAGCUCCAAAGGUUUUGAAGAUUGGCGGAGAUCCUGCACCCUCACACAAGAGGGAGCCGGAUAAUAAGCCAGUUUCUGGCUCCGGUGUUGCUGCUAAUAAGGCCGUUGCUGCUUCCCUAGCUGGAGGAAGUGGAAAGACGAGCCCAAGCCCUGGUGGACCUCCUGUUGGGAAGUCAUCCCCUGCCCCAACUGCCGCAGGGAAGGCGGCCCAGCUAGCUGCGGAAAAGCGAGAAGCGGAUGCUGUGGCAAGGGCGCAAGAGGACGAAAUCGAUGACUCUGUUAUUGAGGAGCUUUACGGGAAGGAACACGUAAAUCUCAUCUUUAUUGGUCACGUCGAUGCUGGAAAAUCAUCUCUUGGAGGGGCAAUUCUAUACGCCACAGGGAUGGUGGAUGAGCGCACUAUGGAAAAAUAUAAGCGUGACGCCAAAGAACAGGGUCGUGAAUCAUGGUAUCUCUCAUGGGCCCUCGAUUUGACAAAGGAGGAACGCGCAAAGGGCAAAACUGUUGAAGUUGGGCGUGCAUAUUUCGAGACCGAGAAGCGACGAUAUACUGUCCUUGACGCCCCAGGUCACAAGAAUUAUGUUCCUAACAUGAUUGGUGGCGCUUCACAGGCCGAUGUUGGAAUAUUGGUCAUUUCUGCUAGAAAGGGAGAGUAUGAGACAGGAUUCGAGAAAGGAGGACAAACUAGAGAACACGCGGUUUUGGCCAGAACCCAGGGUGUAAACAAAUUAAUCGUAGCGGUUAAUAAGAUGGACGACCCAACCGUCUGCUGGAGCAAGGAACGCUUUGAUGAAUGCACGACCAAGCUCACACAAUUCCUCAAGGGAACAGGUUACAGUACUAAGACAGAUUUGAUGUUCAUGCCACUAUCCGCACUGACUGGUGCUAAUUUGAAGACACGAGUUGCUGAAGAUGUUUGCCCCUGGUAUUCUGGGCCAUCGCUCCUGGAAUACCUAGAUAACAUGAAAACAUUGGAGCGUAAACUCAAAACACCAUUCAUGAUGCCUAUCAGCGGAAAGUACAAGGAUAUGGGAACCGUGAUUGAAGGGAAGGUGGAGUCCGGCUUCAUCAAGAAAAAUUCUAGCCUCGUGAUGAUGCCUGGAAAGACACCUCUCGAAAUUGUCGCCAUCUACGGGGAAACAGAGGAAGAGCUCCCCCAUGCUCAAUGUGGGGAUCAAGUGCGUCUGCGAGUACGGGGAAUCGAGGAAGAAGACGUCAUUCCAGGAUUUGUCCUUUCGAGCCCUAAGAAGCCCAUUCACUGCGUCACUGCAUUCGAAGCGCAAAUUCACAUCCUAGAACUUAAGAGUAUAUUGACGGCCGGUUUCAACUGUGUUAUGCAUGUUCACACAACCAUCCAGGAGGUCACAUUCGCUGCGUUACUGCAUAAACUCGAGAAAGGAACGGGAAGAAAGAGUCGAAAGCCCCCAGCGUUUGCCAAUAAGGGGCAAGCAAUUAUCGCUCGCCUUGAGUCGGCAACUGGAUCACUGUUCCCCAUCGAGAGGUAUGAAGACUAUCAACAGCUUGGCCGUUUCACUCUCCGUGAUCAGGGACAAACAAUUGCCAUCGGUAAGGUCACAAAGUUGAUCGUAGAAUAAAAGGUCUUAGAGCCAAUCACGCCUGUACGGCUACAAAAGCUUGCACUCUAAGAACCACAUCAUGACACCCUUUCGGCGAGUGCGUUCACCUUUCUCGUUCCGAUGGUAGGAGUGUGCGAGUAGGGUUGGGUACAUGGAACCUGGGGUAGUGUUUUUGUUCCUUUUCUUCUUUCUUUGAGGCAUGCCCGGGGGACUUAAUGGAUGGAGGGGUAAACAUGUUCCUCUAGACCAAUUCGAAAGCUAUAAAUGCAAAGUUUUGUGGUA